UUGACAGAAAUCAGAUUAGGUAUCAGAACUAUCAGAACAAUAUUAAUUAUUAACGACGAUUGAAGAUAUUUAUUAUUACAUUACUAUUACAUGCAAAUUACAUAAGUUAAUGACAAAAAAGAAAUAGUAUUUAUUUAUUAAAAAAAUAUUUGUAACGGGUUCUAAACUCAGGCAAGCCAUUAUAAUAUAGAACUUAUGUAAAAAUUGUUUAGUUAAGCCCAAAAUGAUAAAUUACCUUAACAGAAUGAGGUUAUUAAAAAAACCAAAUCGGCUACGAUAUUUUUCUACAAUAUCUUUGCCUGACAUCGAUAUUGACUAUUACUGUAACACAAAGAAUAUAAUACCCAUAGAAAGAAACAUAAAAAGUAGAAAAGGUAUAGGUGAUAUUAACAGAGUACAAGAAUUAUACAAUUUGUACAAAGUUACGCCAAUCAGUGAUCGCAAAUAUUUAUCGAUUAAGGAGAACUUAUAUGAAGAACUCUCAAAAUUGCCUAACAAAACUCACCCUGAGGUUGAAGAGUAUGAGGAGGUACCUCAAGUGGUGCGUGAAAUAAAUCAGAAAAUCGAAUUUGGCACACAUAAGCCCCUAGAAUUUAGUGAAAUAACACAACACUUAAAUCUAAUGCGAACAGACAAAUUAGGUUACACUUGUGGUAACAAAAGUUACUAUUAUUUAGGUGAAUUGGCAGAAUUGGAAGAAGCUUUAAUCAAAUACACAAUCUCAUCUUUGUUAAAAAAGAGUUUUCAACUAGUGUCUGUUCCAGAUAUAUUGUCUAGCAAUGUUUUAAGAAGCUGUGGAAUGACAAUAAAUAAUGAUCGUACCCAGAUAUAUUCAUUAGACCCAGUGCAUCAUGGCCCAGACUUAUAUUUAUCAGGCACUGCAGAGAUGUCACUAGCUGGUCUGUUAACAGAUUCAGUGCAUUCUAAGGCAGAUUUACCUUUGAAGUUAGCAGCUGUGAGUAGAUGCUUUAGAGCUGAAACUUCAAAUUUAGUUGACGAAAGAGGAACAUACAGAGUUCAUCAAUUUACUAAAGUUGAAAUGUUUGCUGUCACUGAACCUGAAAACUCAGAUGAAAUGCUGGAAUACUUAAGAAAAACUCAGGAAGACCUGUUCUCACCUUUGGGUUGUCACAUGAAAGUUUUAGACAUGCCACCUCAUGACCUUGGUGCUCCAGCUUAUAGGAAAUAUGAUAUUGAAGCGUGGAUGCCAGGACGAAAUAAUUAUGGCGAAAUAUCAAGCUGCAGCAAUUGUACUGAUUAUCAAUCAAGAAGACUUAACAUAAAAUAUCUUGAUGUUGAUAUUCUGAAAUAUGUACAUACGCUAAAUGGAACAGCUUGUGCUAUUCCCAGGAUGCUCAUUACUCUACUUGAAACUCACCAAGAUCCAAAAGGAAAAAUUAACAUACCAUUAAUAUUACAGCCAUUUAUGAAUGGAAAAAAAGUGAUAACAAAAAAUAAUAAAGUGCCUAAAUUAAAGUUAAUAAAAUUAAAGAAAUAAUAAAUUGAACAAUUUAUUUUGUAUUUAUUUACAUUUAAAUAAACAAGUUACAAUAUGUAUUGACCUACAAUUUUAUCCAAAAAAUAAGCUUGCGUCCAUAAAUAGCAAAUCAGUUCUUAUUACAAGUUCUAAAUAUUAAAAAUCUAUUUUUUUUUAUAAUGAGUUGCUUUAAGUGUGAGAAAAAAGUAAUUUCAAUGCUUAAACUUCAUUCUCUAUAAUAAGUAAUAUGUUGAUUAUUUCUACUUACACUUUGUUUUUAUUCAAUAACAAUCAAUGAAUACCUUUUUUAUUUGACAUUAAAAUUAAAUUUUAUUAAAAUUAACUUGUUCCAUAUAAUAAUAUAUCAUUUGUAAUGUAGUACUGAUAUCUUUAUAAAACUGAAGUAAAUACAUAAUAUGAAGCA